AUGGAUUUCAUAAAGGACCAAUAUAAUUCAGUAAUAUUAGAUCUUAAAAAAACUUUUAGAAAUGCAAGAGAUGGUAUAUCCCACAUAUUAGGUGUUAUAUGUUUGUUACUAAAUGCUUUUAUGAUAUGGAAAUUACUAGUAGUAGCAACAGGAUGUGAGUCCCCUAUUGUUGUCGUGUUAAGUGGGAGUAUGGAACCCGGAUAUUACAGAGGCGACACUUUGGCUUUAUACAAUCCAGCCGUUAUACAUGCCGGUGAUGUUGUAGUAUAUCAAAUACAUGGAAGAGAUAUUCCAAUUGUUCAUAGAAUAUUAAAUAUUCAUAGAACACAUGAUAAUCAAUAUCAUUUAUUAUCAAAAGGAGAUAAUAAUAAUAUUGAUGAUAGAGGAUUAUAUGAUAGUCAUCAAUAUUGGUUAGAAAAUCAACAUGUACUUGGACUUUCAGUUGGAUAUGCACCAUAUAUCGGAAUGCUAACAAUAUGGGUUAAUGAAUACCCAACUGUUAAAUGGGGUAUAGUUUCAGUAAUGCUAUUAAUGAUAUUACUUGGGUAUGAAUAA